AUGGACAAGCAGAAUAAUCACAGCAGGGUGACAGAAUUCAUCUUGCUGGGAUUCACUGAUGACCCAAAGCUGCAGAUUGCCCUCUUCUUGCUAUUUCUAGCCAUCUAUGUUAUCACUGUGGCUGGAAGCCUCAGCCUGAUUGUGCUGAUCAGGACUUACUCCCACCUGCACACUCCCAUGUACUUCUUCCUCUGCCACUUAUCAUUCACAGACCUCUGCUAUACCUCUGCUAUAGCCCCCAAGAUGCUGGUGAGCUACUUGGUGGGUGAUAAAACCAUCUCUUAUGCUGGCUGUGCUGCUCAGCUGUGCUCAUUUGCUGCCUUUGUGAGUACCGAGUGUUUCCUUUUGGCUGUGAUGGCAUUUGACCGCUACAUGGCUAUUUGUAACCCACUGCUGUACUCUGCUGUCAUGUCCCAAAGAGUGUGCAGCUGCAUGGUUGUAGGAUCGUAUGCAGCUGGUUUUGCCAACUCAGCGCUGCAGACAGUAUGUAUAUUCAGAUUAUCCUACUGUGGACACAACAUCAUCAAACAUUUCUUCUGCGAUAUCCCUAAACUUCUGAAGCUUUCCUGCUCUGAAACCUUCCUUUCAGAGUCACUGUCAGUCUUUGCAUCUGGAGCAGUUGCUAUGACCUCUCUUUCAGCCAUUAUUAUCUCCUACUUCUGCAUUUUAUCUGCCAUCCUGAAAAUACACUCUAUCAAGGGCAGACACAAGGCCUUCUCCACUUGUGCUUCUCACUUGACCUCAGUGGCUCUGCUUUAUGGAACGGGGACCUUUAUGUAUAUACAUCCCAACUUGAAAUCUGGACUAGAUGGUAAUAUGGUGGUUUCUGUAGUUUACACAUUAGUGAUACCCAUGCUCAACCCCCUAAUCUAUAGUUUGAGAAACAAAGAGGUGAAAGAGGCCAUUAGAAAAGCCACAACAAAAAUGAAAGAACAUCCCCCUUCCAAAAGCAUUGAGGGAAAUGAUGGUAACCAAUGUCGCACCCCAAGACUGAACAAUUUAAACCAAGGUAAGAUUACAUAG